ACAAAUGAAAAAAAUUUAGAUUUGAAAGCUUUCAACAUAGAAAAAACAAAAAAAAAAGUCUCAAAAUUUUUGAAAAUGUAAUACAAAAUUUUUAAAAGCAAUAAAACACAACCAUUCUUCGAUUAAAGAUAAUAUGAGCUUUAGAGCUCACGUCAAACGCAAUUUGUCUUCGUCAGCGGCAGCCAGUACGCUCUUUCAAUCCGAUUUGAUCUAUGUCACGGCCAAACAUGAGCCAACGAGCAAUUUCGUUAUAUCGCCAGUCGCCAUACGCUCGCUACUGACCAUAAUCAGCAUCUCCGUCAUACGAGAGCCCCAUCGCGAACUGCUCGCGGCGAUGGGUUUGAAGAGCUCUCAUCAGGGCGUACAAGAGUUCAAAGCCUGCCGCAAUGCCAAUAAGGACGAGUUUGUCUUCACGCAGCACAAUGCCAUCUAUGUGGAUAACCGUUUUGAGAUCGAUAUGGCAUUCCGCGUUACCUGCUUGGAACAAUUUCAAACCCGACCGGAGAAUAUUAACUUUGAGCAGCUAGAAAGAAUCACACAUCACGUUAACACCUGGAUUAAUGAACAGACGGAAGACCAAAUCCGUACACGUAUUGCAGCUGACACAAUGGAUGUACUGCAGCAUAACUUGCUCAUAAGCAUUGGCCGUUUUGAGAGCAAAUGGCGGAAAGCAUUCCCGAAGAAAUUUCUAACUAAAAGCGAUUUCUGGUUAACGCCAACCGAGAAGGUGGAGGUGCCUAUGAUGCACGACUACUGCGAAUUACCAUUCGGUGAGUUGGACGAACUGAAGGCCACGGCACUGGUAUUACCUUACCGUAAUUUAAAUGUGAAGCUCAUCAUACUCAUACCCAAGGAGAUCGACGGUUUGCCGAAACUGGAAGAGGACCUGAAGCUGCAACGCGUCGAUAUCACCGUCUUACCGUCGGUGUUGAAGACGAGAAACGUGAAAUUGGGUAUGCCCCGUGUCAAACUGGAAUCGAAUCUACUCAUUAAUGAGAUAUUAAAGGAGCUUGGCAUAAACGCGAUAUUCAACGAUUGUAUCGACUUUACGCGCCUUCUAACGGCCUUUAACAUAACGAAGAUAUCGCAAAUAAGGCAUAUAGCCGCAAUUGAAAUCAACGACGAUGGCACCGGCGCAUCGUCCGCAAAAGUGUCCUUUCUAUUGACCGAAAUCGAAAAGUGCACCGAAUUUGACAUCAAUCGGCCAUUUUUCUACGCUGUUACGGACAACGAGCGCAUCUACUUUGGCGGCCAUAUUACGAACACAAGUAAUUUCAUAAGCAUGUAAACUCAAUCAGUUAUAAAAAAUUUAAAUGAAAAUGGUAUUUCUUGUACCUAAGGACUUGUUUAGU